AGGAUGAACGACGUGAAGCGGAACAAGUAUCCAGAAGAAUGUAUCUAAAGCCAACCCCUCGCCCCCAUUAAGGUUGACCAAAACUUGGAACAACCCACGCAUUUCCUUAUUCUAGCCCUUCGCCCGGUGCUGACUUGUCGAACCUGUUGUACGACUCGCCCCGUCAUCGCUUCCCACCUGAUCAAAUCUCUUACCGGAAGUGUGGGACGCACUUGUCACCUGAACCCACGACCGGGCAGUGGAUACACUUUUUGGAGCCAUAUUUCGGUGGGUUUUCAGACGACGGAGACGAAGUGAAACACACCGUGGAGAGAGCAGCGCAAAUAUGUUUUUCGCAUGGUUGGUUUCGGCGCUCUUGUUCGCGUUCGCGGCUACAGGUGAAAGUAGCUUUUCAGUGACCACUUCUAAUGCAAAUGUGCAAGUAAAAGAAAAUGAAGGGGUUGACCUUACGUGCUCUUACUCGGCGGACUUUGGUUCAAGUGCCAGGGUGGAGUGGAAGUUCAAAGACCUUACAGGGUCACAGAAAUAUAUCUAUUAUAAUGGGAAACCCACAACACCGUAUGCCAACCGUGUGACGAUGUAUGGCAGCAAUCUGAGAUUCAGCAAAGUGACCCGCGUGGAUAACGGAGUAUACGACUGUGAGGUGUCUGGUGUCAAUAGCCAGUUUGGGGAGGCCAGAGUGAAGCUCACCGUUCUUGUGCCUCCGUCACCACCCUUGUGCAGGAUCCCCACUUCAGUGACGACUGGCAAGAAUGUCAUCCUGUCCUGCCACGAUAAAGAUGGCUCCCCUCCACCUCAAUACAAGUGGUACCGAGACAACAUCCUUCUGCCACCUGAACCCAGCAAGAUUUCCGGCUUCCAGAAUAGUACCUACGUGCUGAACUCUGCAAAUGGCAACUUGGAGUUUCCCUAUGUCAAAAAGACAGAUAUAGCUCAGUACUCCUGUGAGGCGUUCAACAUUGCUGGUCCUCCACAGCGCUGUCGUGCUGUGAAAAUGGAAGUCCGUGACAUUAACACCGGAGGCAUUGUUGCCGGGGUAAUCGUGGCUCUGCUGUUGCUCGUCCUGCUCGCUCUGGGAAUUUGGUAUGCUCACAAGAAGGGAUACCUGCCCCGAAUGAAUGAAAGCAAGCAAAAACCCAGUGUGGUCUACCAGCCACCUUCUGUGUAUGGUGGUGAAGAUGAUGAUAGCGAGUUUAAGCAAAAGUCAUCCUUUGUGGUAUAGUCUACAAGAAACAGUCUUGGCUGGUUUUAGCGUGUGCCUUUACUGUUUGUACAUGUCAUCCUUGUAAUUGUUUUUUUUUUUUUUUUAACAUUUUAUGAUCCAAAGAUUCCUCUCAUACGUUUUUUUACAAGCCUGCUGUAAAUAUCGUAUUUUUAUUUGUGCUGUUGGUAAAAUACUGGCCUUGGGUGUGACUGACUUUUUGUAAUAUUUUACAUUAACAUUGCAUUGAAAAUACUGUAAAAUUUCUUCCAGAAAUGAACUUGUUACAUUUGUUCUCACAUUCUGUUUGUCUUUGACUUCAGUUUGAGAACUAUAUUGGUUAAAAUAAUCCAAACAGGGUAGAUGUACUGUAUUUUUCCUAAACAGUGAUUGAGCUUUAUAUGAAAAGCACAGCAAUAGAGUUUGAGAGAGGUGUGUAUUGUAUUAAUAAUUUGUAACAUAUUAAACACCAUUUUGUGUAGUCUUAUCACAGCUAUGACUUCUUCUUGAAGAUAAUUUUUACUUUCUGGUAGUUAAUCCUCCAACAAUGUUGCGCUUACAGGGUUGAUAUGGGCAGAUGUUGGUAUAGCAGUAUGAAUUGAUACAAUAUCUGAUUUGAAUAUUUAUUUGUGCAACCUUGUAAGGUUUCGGCAGAGUUGGUGAGAUUUUGAAGCUGAUGAAUUAACCGAUGUAGCUUUUCAGUAAAUAAAUAAAAUGUUUUUCAAUGUG